UAUAAAUCUUGUGAACAUCAUCUGAUUCGGCACUUGACAAAGCUGGACUCAAGAGUUCAUUUCAUCAGCCAGCAGGAAAUUAUAAAAAAUGAAAACGAAAGUUGCUUUACUUAUUUUUGCGACACUGACUACGGCAAUCGAUGGCCACUUACUCUGUUAUUACUGUGAGGAUUGUGCCUUGACCGAUCCGGUCAUUCAACCAUGCGAUUUCACAAAUCCCAUCCUUACUACUGUAUCGCCGAAUAGUGUGAACGAGAUAACCCAAUUUCCUGAUGUUGCUCUAACUACUUCAUCAGGUGGGGGAAACACCAUUAAUACAAAUAAUCCCGAUAAUUCUGGUUCUGUGCUAACUACACCAGCAGUAUCGGUUAAUACUCCAGGGUGGAAUGAUGGUACGGUUGGAUCUAAUAACGGCGGAGGUAUUGUUUUGACAACAGUAUGGCCAGGAAUGGGUUCCUGGUAUCCGGCAAACAAAAAGUUGAACAGUGGUAAAAGUAUGUCGCCUACGGCUUUGAGGCCAGGUAAAUUCAAUGGCAAAGCAACGAGUGCGAGUGCACCUGCAUGUUUCGUGACGGAGUUUAUCGUCAACAAUCGUCGCGUCGUUCGUCGAGGAUGUGCCAAGCAAGGUCGAAGUAGUGAUGGAGCCUGUGGGCUCCAGAGUGAAGGAAAACAACAACACUGUACGCUUUGUAGUUCAUCUCUCUGUAAUAAUAGAAAUUAAUUUAUAAUAGCUAAACUAUCUCAUAGUACUAAAAAGAUUCUGUUAUUUUAUAAUAAAAAAAGCCUACUUAUAUAA